UAUAAUUCACCACUCUCCAUAAUUCACACCUUCAACAUGGGAAACAUGAAGGUGCAUCAAUUGGGUCGUGGAUUCUGGGAGCAACAAGAGCCAUUACUCUCACUUGGCUGCAAGCGUUUACGCCCUCUUGCUCCUAAGCUCCACUCCAACUUCACUGAUACAACCACCACCGUCUCCUCUUUCGACCUCAAGAGCUUCAUUCGGCCCGAUAGCGGCCCUCGGAAACUCGGCAAUGCCCCCUCCAACGAAAACCGCCAUUCUCCUCCGGUGGAAACGCACCCGGGAGGUACGCGUUGGAACCCGACGCAAGAGCAGAUAGGGAUACUGGAGAUGCUGUAUCGAGGAGGGAUGCGAACCCCGAACGCACAACAAAUAGAACAAAUCACCGAGCAGCUCGGCAAGUACGGCAAGAUCGAAGGCAAGAACGUGUUCUACUGGUUCCAAAACCACAAAGCACGAGAGAGACAAAAGCAGAAGCGAAACAGCCUUGGCCUUGGCCAUUGUCCCAGAAAAUCAGCUCCCAUUUCUCCCUUAACUUGGGAUACUAGGGUGGAAAUAAUUACGGAUAGAGAAGAGGAUAGUCCGUAUAAGAGGAAGUGCAGAAGCUGGUCAUUCGAGGAAGAAGAAAUAAGCAGAUCGUCGAGUAAAGAAGAUGAAAACAGAACUCUGGAGCUCUUCCCAUUGCACCCGGAAAGAAGAUGAAGAGGUUUCAAAUAACCAAAAAAAAAGCUGCUUUAAUGAAUGAUGAUGAUGGUGUUGUAGCUUCUUUUUUUUUCUGUUCUUCUUUUUGUUGCAGCAGGAAAGAAGAAAGACACAAAGCUGUGUUGUUGUACUCUAAUGGCUUAUUUAAUCCCUGACUUGAAAA